AACUUGAGAUCGAACUACACCUCCAUUCAAGAGAAACUCAGAACAGAGAAGACGAAAUUCAUCUGCUAUGGAUCUCCUGAAGCAAGAACUCCUCAAGAAAAGGCAAAGCCUCGCCCAGGACACCGGCGGCAGGAAAGUCUUCAAGCGAUCCGAGAUCGAGCAGAAACAAAUCCAAAAGCUCCGCGAGCUGGAACGUCAGGAGCAGGAAGCCAAAAGCCUGCGCAAAUCCGCUACUGAUCUCUCCGCCGCCUCCACAACAACAGCGGUUUCCGCCUCCAAGUCCUCUACGUCAAUCGCAUCUGCUACGGCUGCAUCCGCUGCUUCUUCCUCGUCCGCCGCUUCGUCCAAAUCCCUAAUUGACGAAGGAAACAUCGAUAAUCUCGUGCUCCCUAAGCAGGAAGUUAUCCGGCGACUCCGCUUCCUUAAGCAGCCUAUCACUCUCUUUGGCGAGGACGAAAACGCCCGCCUCGACCGACUGAAAUAUGUGUUAAAGGCAGGGCUCUUUGAGGUCGAUAGUGACAUGACGGAAGGGCAGACGAACGACUUCUUACGUGACAUCGCGGAACUGAGAAAGCGGCAGAAGACGGGGAUCCUGAGCGAGAGAAAGAGGAAGGAUAGGAAGGAGGGAGGUGGAGAGGACGGAGAGGGAGGCGGAGGAGAGGAGGACUUAAGCGGGGAUGGGGGUUCCAGUGGGGUCGACGCCGAUAAGGAUUUAAAGCGAAUGAAGACCAACUUCGAGGAGCUCUGCGACGAGGACAAGAUACUGGUCUUCUUCAAAAGGCUGUUGAACGAGUGGAAGCAGGAGUUGGAUGCGAUGACCGAUGCAGAGAAGCGAACGGCUAAAGGCAAGUCCAUGGUGGCCACUUUUAAGCAGUGCGCUAGGUAUCUGAAUCCCCUGUUCAAGUUUUGUAGGAAGAAAGUUCUUCCAGACGAUAUCCGUCAAGCAUUGCUAGUGGUCGUUGAGUGCUGCAUGAAGCGGGACUACCUAGCCGCAAUGGACCAUUACAUUAAGUUGGCCAUCGGCAACGCACCUUGGCCUAUUGGUGUUACUAUGGUUGGUAUCCAUGAACGUUCAGCCCGUGAAAAAAUCUACACCAACAGUGUUGCACACAUCAUGAACGACGAGACAACUCGCAAAUACUUACAAUCAGUCAAAAGAUUAAUGACUUUCUGUCAAAGACGCUAUCCAACUGCACCUUCCAAAGCAGUCGAGUUCAACAGCUUGGCAAAUGGCAGCGACUUGCAGUCACUACUAGCCGAGGAGAGAAUAUCUGGACAAAAUCAAUCGCCGCCACCCCCUUCAGAAGAGAGGCUACACCUAAUGCCUCCUCCUUCGCUUUAGGCGAGUUAAUUUAUAUUAUCUAACGAGCUAUUUAUCAAAAUGUCGUUGUGGUGUUCUCUCUUGACGCUACCGACCAGAAAAUGUUUAACAUUUUUUAGUAAUCGCGAGUCCUUAGAUCGAUUAGUCGAUGUCUUCGUUAGUAAUCGCCAUUCGUUAGCACCCGGUACUAUAUUAAGUUUGGAUUGAGAGAAAA